UCAAGUUGUUCAAAGCAAGGUUUAGAUGAAUUCACCAAUGAAGUUUUAUUAAUAUUGAAACUUCAACACAAAAAUCUUGUAAGGCUUUUGGGGUUUUGCAUAGAUGGAGAGGAAAGCUGCUCAUCUAUGAAUACAUGCCCAAUGGCAGCCUUGAUUUCUUCCUAUUUGAUCCUAGGAAGCGUGCGCAAAUGAAUUGGAGUAGGCGUCUAAAUAUCAUCAAUGGAAUUGCAAGGGGAAUGCAAUAUCUUGAUCAGGAUUCUCGGCUUAGAAUCAUUCAUAGGGACCUAAAACCAAGCAAUGUGUUACUAGAUAGUGAAUUAAACCCAAAGAUCUCAGAUUUUGGACUGGCAAGGAUCUUCGGAGGAAAUGAUGGUGCUAUUAACACUGCUAAGAUUGUUGGAGCAUAGUGAGUUCACUGUUUGUUUUCUGAACAUUUCUUUUUUCUUUUUUUCAAAACUAUUUUAUGUCAAACAAUUAAGUAGGUAGCUUUAUUAAUCACACUAGUUCACAUAUUGAAUAUAUUUCCAAUCAUUUCUCUUGUUGGAUAGUGGUUACAUGGCUCCAGAGUUUGCAAUGAAAGGAUUAUAUUCCAUCAAGUCUGAUGUUUUUAG